AAAAUUAUUCUGAACCAAUCAGAAUGAGCAAGCAAUGAUGCAAGAUGUCUUCUUUCAAUAGUCGACACUCCGGAAGUGAUCAUCUAAGGGGUAGAGAAAGCCGUUACCCUGAGUAACGAUUAGAUAUACCCCAAAUCCUCAAUUUGAAGUUCUGAAACGGGGUCGCCGUAGGGGGCACCGAUAUUCUGGUAUUGCAACGAAAACAGAAUCGACGCAGACGCGAGCCAUACUUGCUCAAUAGAAUGAGUGCGUCGUGUUGAGAAAACAGUCUCUAGUGUUUACAAUUUUCUUUGACAAAAGUAAUUAAUAUUAUGAUUUCAAAUCAUUAUAAAUAUCUAGGAAAUAUUUACAGUGAUUGUUGAUUUCCGAAUCAAUUUAUUCGAGAACAAUUGUGAUAUAUAUAUAUAUAUAUAUAUAUAUAUACAUACAUACAUAUAUGUAUAUGUGUAUAUAUAUAUAUAUGAGACGCAUAGUGAACUAUUCUACGAUUCUAAUGCGGAAGAACUUUAUUGGGGCCAAGUAAGGAAAAAAAUUGGAUAGUCAAAGAUGGAUGCAACAAUUGAGAGAGAGUGUAGUGCUUUAGGUGGCCUCUUUCAACAGAUUAUAACUGAUAUGAAAAAUGGAGCACCUUUAUGGGAAGAUUUAAUUUCAAAAGCAACCAAAUUACAUUCAUGUUUAAGGGCUGCUAUUUUAGCCAUUUCUGCAUAUCUUGAAACUUUUCAAAAAAUUGCUGAUGCUGCAACUAAUGCAAGAGGUGCAACGAAAGAAAUUGGAACUGCUUUAACUCGAAUAUGUCUUAGACACAAAGCAGUAGAAACACGAAUGAAAUCAUUUACUAGUGCUAUUAUGGAUUGCUUGGUAUUACCUCUUCAAGAAAAAUUAGAAGAUUGGAAAAAGUCUUUAAUAAAUUUAGAUAAAGAACAUGCCAAAGAAUAUAAAAAAGCAAAAGCAGAAUUAAGAAAGCGUUCAACUGAUACAUUACGUUUGCAAAAGAAAAAAGCGCGAAAAGGUCAACAUUUACAAGGACAAUCACAAGGAUAUGGAACAUCAUCAGGAGAUAUUGAAUUGAAUCGAAUGUUAGAAUCCUCAGCUGCUGUUGUUCAAGAAAAACGAUUAAGUUUAGAAGAAACAGAAAGAAAAGCCGUUCGCGCAGCUUUACUUGAAGAAAGAGGAAGAUACUGUCUUCUUGCCAGAUUUUUGAAACCAGUACUAGAUGAAGAAAUUGCAAUGCUAAUGGAAUUGACACAUCUUCAAGAAGUUUCUGAUCAAUUACAACGUCAUGCAGCUUCUCCUCAUCAUUUGCCUCCUGCAUCAGAACAAGUGAUAACAGAUAUAAAAGGUUGCGAUGUAACACAAUGGUCACUUGCUACUCCUCCUUCAAGUCCUUCUUUAUCACUUGGAUCAAGAAAAAGUUCAAUGUGUUCAAUCAGUUCUUUAACUAGUAGCAGUAGUGGUUCUUGUAAAAGUCAUCCAAGUCCAUCUGGACAUCCUUGGCAUAGAUCACUCUCUCAGUCUGUUGGAGUCAGGCCCUCCAGUAUCAGCAGUAUGAUGACACUACGCCACUUGGUAAACGGUAGUUCCCGUGACUCUGGCUUCACUUCUCAGGACACAUUAUAUACACAACCAAUUUCUGAACAUCAGGUAUCAAAUGUGUCUUCUCAAACUAAUCAAAAUACUGGUUGUACUACAACAAGACCUGUAACUACUGCUACUUGGCCUGACUUACAGGAAACAUCAGUUCAAUAUGACAGGCAAAAUCAGAACGCAAUCAAUGAACGGCCGCAUACAAUCUCGUCUGCUUACGAAAAAGGCCAUCAAAGACCAGCACUCAGUGUCUACACAUUCCAAGCUCCAGAUAAUAGUGGUUGUUGUCAUAGUCAACCUGCUUCUCCUGUUUCAUCUUCCUCUUCAUGUUCUUCCUCUAAUCAACAAGCAUCUAGAGUACAAUUGCGUAGAAAUAAUGGUAGUCAUCGUCCUCCAAUACCGAAUAGAUGUUCCAGUUUAGAACGACCAACAGUUCCAGUGAAAAAUGAACCUCCUGGAAGUCCUCGAGGAAAACCUAAAUUACCACUUCCAGCACAUUUAGCAAAGGAAUUAGCAACUCAUCAACUUCAACAACCUAUGUAUGUAAAUAUGCACGAAUUAGCAAAUUUAGCUGCAAGUCGUGCUCAAGAGAUGCAAUUACCUUUACCACCACCUCCUGCAUCAUUAUCAGCAUCAGGAAUUGAAAAGACUGAAAUUACGGAAAAAGAUGGUGGAAGUCAGACAUCAGAAUCUAGUGUUGAAUCUAGUAGUGGAUAUGGAAGUCAAACUACUAUACCGCAUUCUCAUUCGCUCCAUAAUCCAAGUGAAAAUGCUUGGAAUGUAUCUGGUGUUGCGUCUACUUUAACUGUUCGAAGAGGUUCGAUGCAACAAGCAAAUAAACCUUUGCCACCAACAAGACGAACAUCUACUAUUAUAACUGCCACAUUCAAUAAUCCAUCAUCAGGUUCUAAUGAUGAACGCACUGAUAAUACGUAUGAUGAAACCGAAAAUCUUCCUCCGCCGCCAGCAUUUUUGUUAGAAAGUUCUUCACCUACAACCAGUCCUACUCCUCAGCGAUCUAUCUCAGUGUCAGAAACAGUAAGAACUCUUACAGAGUUACGUCAUACACCUGCUAGUCCAUCUCUUUUACGAAAGGUUACAGGACAGGCACAAUCUCAUAAUAAUUCGUCUGCUACAUUACCACAUAAUGCAGUAUUGCAAGUAACUCGAUCUUCUGUUGAACGUUCAUGUGCAGCAAUUCGUUCAGCUUCUCAAGAACGUAGUUCAAAUACCACACAAAUAACUGCUAUCAAUACAGGUGUAAAUAUACAAGGACAAGGUCCAGGAGGAGUUGGCCAAAGUUUUAUGGCGGUUCUUAGUGCUAAACUCAUUAAUAGUGCAGGUAAUAAUGCCACAAGUGGUAACAAUACAAAUAGUAGUCCUAAAUCUACUAGAAAACACUCCAUUGAACAACAAAUAAGUAAAAAUUCUAAAACACCAUCUGGCUUUCUUGAAACUUUAAAUGCUAAAUUAGCCCAACAACAACAAAAUUUGCAAGGAAAUAAUACAACGAGUAGAUCUGCAAGCGUGAGACGCAUAAUGGGUAAUCGUGUACCCAUUAUGGAUCCUUUACAAGUAAGAGAUUCUCUUAUGGAUCAGAUACGAAAAGGUACCUCUUUAAGAAAAACCAGUGGUCCCAUUAAUGAUCGUUCAGCCCCUAAAAUUUAUUAAAUACUGAUGUUUAUGCAAGUUCCUUUGCUAUCUUUGAUGCAUCUGAAUUGCGAUUGUUGAACAUUUCACAAUACGCAUUAUCAAGUUUGAACAAUAAUACGUUUAUAACGCCAAAUAAAAUGGCGCUUGUCAUUGGUGAUCGUAUAUAUGUACCUUUAUGAUACAUUCAAUAACUGAUAAUGAAUUAGACUGAUUUUUUUGCACUUCGGUGUUCUAAUACCGAAUAAUUCAAAUUUAAUAAAGAACAAAGAAAAUUUUUUAGAUGAAUUCGUUAAUAUAAUGAUUAAUUUUAUUAAAUUAGGCAGGCUCUAUAUUAAAUCCAAUUUUAUUUUUUAAUUUAAAUAUUUUGCGUAUUGUUCUAUUAAUUCGCAAAGAUAAAAUGAUUUUUACCUGUUUAAUUAUAAAGUUAAUUUGAUUAUAUUAUAUUUGUAUUUGAUAAUUAAAAACAAUAAGAUUUAAAUAAUUUAUUCAUAAGUUAAAAUAAUAUAUUUAUAUAUCAUUUCAACUUCGAUUUUUAAUUUGAAUUGAUUUUUGAUAUUAAUGCCGGAUGCUUGCCAUUAUAGAAAACCUGACUGACUGAUUAAUAAUAAUUUAAUGGUAUAAAAUACUUUAUAUUUUAAUUUAAAAAAAAAAAAUAUAAAAUCCGCAUAAUUAAUUUAAUAUAGAGCUCAUGUCUUAAUAUAUCAUUAUUUUAUAUGUAAUUAUUAUUUUAUGUAUAUUAUGUGUCUUUCAUUUUUCUUUAUGAAGCGCACAAGUACAAGUAUCGUUUUUAUUUCAUAAUAUUAUUAUUUCUAAUAUUAUUUAGUAUCGUGUUUAGUAUCGAACACAGGUUCUAAUAAUAAACAUUUGUCAACCAAUAUAAUACUAUUUUGGUCUGAUGAAAUUGAACGUAAAUGUAUAUAAGUAUUAAUGCCCAGGUGGAACUUAAUCUUAGAAUUAGUUUUUAUAUUGGCCCGAUUAUUCUAUCAAGAUUUUUAUCUAUAAUAUUUAUUCAAUAUCGAUAUACAAUAAUUAUAUCGUUUAACUUACAGUAUUAUUAUGUUAUUGUUUUUUUUUUUCAAGAACAUUAAUUGAUUUUAUUACAUUUGAAAGUUUUUAUAUCAACUUAGUAUAGUCUUCUAGAUUAUAUCAAUUUUUUUUUUAUAUAUUAUAAUCUUAGUUUCCAUCUUGGAAACAUAUCCAUUAUAAUAAAUUUAUAUUUAGAAUAUUUUUCAAUACAAUAUCUGUCUCUUGCAUAUUGAUUCUACAUAUCAAAAUUUUUGUGUCUGUGUGUUUUUUGGAAUUAGGAUAAGUAAUUGUACAAUACUGUUUUAUAAUAUCAAUAUUUACGAUAUUAAAAGAACUGUUAAAAUAUAUGCAUUUACUAUUUGCUCGAAAAUUUACUGCCAGACAGUUCGAUCAAUAUUUCUAUAAACAUUGGGUCAACAUUUCGUCCCAGUACUUGUGUUCUACCUGGGCAAUGUUAUCGGUAAAUAUUAAAAAACAUAUACGUGUAUGUCAGAUCGGCGAAAAAAUUACUACUUUAUUAAUAUGACAUUUUGGUGAAUGUGUACCCCUAAUGCAUAUUUAACAAAAAAAUGGAAAUUAUGAUCCCAAUGUAACAAAAGUAUUAUUAAUUGUAUUCAUCUUUUUUCUUUAAAUUAAUCAUUUUCGAAUAGAAUUCUAUAAUACCUAUCACAUAUAUCAUAUUAUUUAUUAUGAAUGACGGUGAUGUAUUAAUCUCAAAUGAAAAAAAAAUACCUAUUUCAUGGAAUAUAAUUAAAAAUUGAAUUAUUUGAAACUGAUGCCGACUGAACUGAAAACGCUACUGCCAAUUUAUAGACAUUAAAAGUCGUUCCUUUCAUUCCUGUACAAGUUAGGUUUUGCAUUUUACUUUAGUAAAGCGUCGCAACGGGUAGUUUUUCUUUAGUGAACAAUGCAAAUAGUUUUUAUUUAUUUCGAGCAAAUAUUUUACAAAUGUGAAUAAAUAGCUAAUACAUUUUCAGUGAUAAUACGAUUUGAUAUUUAAUGCUGAAAACGAACUUAGUAAGUAAUAUAAAUAAUAAAAAAAGAAGAAAAAAUAAAUAAAAGUAUGGCUUUAUAACAAUUAUAUUCUAUAAUUAUGCAAAAAUAAAAAAAAUCAAUUUCAUUUCGAUCAGCAUUAAAUGGCAAAUAUUCUUAGUAAAAUAAUAAAUAAAAAAGCCGUAUAAUGAAAUAGAUAACCAUAAAAUCUGCUGUAAUAAAAUAAUAUUUAUAGUAGUAAAAAUUUGAGAGGUGAUUGUUAAUUUGUAAUAAUUAUUUCAGUAGCAGAUCAAAUGCAAAGAUAAUAAAUAAAAAUAUAAUAAAAAAUAAAUCGAUAUUUUUUUGUUU